AUGUAUCGCGCUCCAGUUGACGAGAUCGCCUUCACGCUGAAACAUGUCUGCGGCCUUGGCGACCUGCAGCAAAAUACGCGUUACGCUGAACUGGGAGAUGAUCUUGUCGACGCAAUUGUCGCGGAAGCAGGCAGGUUUGCCGCCGAAGAGAUUGCACCGCUGAACGCGGUUGCUGACAAGCACGGUACACCGCUUCAAGACGGGAAGGUAACCACACCACCGGGAUGGCGCGAAGCUUAUCAUGCAUGGAUCGACGGUGGCUGGAAUGGUUUGUCGGCGGAUCCUGAAUCUGGCGGGCAGGGGCUUCCCCAAAUGCUUUCGGCAGCUGCGCUUGAGAUGUGGAACUCGGGGUCCAUGUCAUUCGCGAUCGGCCCGACGCUGACCAUUGGCGCGGUGGAGGCCAUGGAAAAACAUGCCUCGGAUGAACUGAAGGCAAAAUAUCUGGCCAGGCUGGUGAGCGGUGAAUGGAUGGGGACCAUGAACCUGACCGAGCCUCAGGCCGGUUCGGAUCUCAAUGCGUUACGAGCCCGCGCAGAGCGGAAUGAUGACGGAACAUACCGCAUCUUUGGCCAGAAGAUCUUCAUCACCUACGGAGAUCACGACCUGACCGACAACAUCAUUCACAUGGUACUUGCACGCUUGCCGGACGCGCCCGCCGGGACCAGGGGUAUUUCCUUGUUUCUGGUGCCGAAGUUCCUGGUCGGCGACGACGGUGCUCUUGGGGCUCGGAACGAUGUCCGCGUGGCCGGUGUUGAACACAAGAUGGGGAUCCACGGGUCGCCCACCUGCACCAUGAUUUACGGCGACGACGGCGGCGCGACAGGCUGGCUGAUCGGUGAGGAGAACCGAGGCCUUGCCUGCAUGUUCACGAUGAUGAACAACGCGCGCCUUGCGGUCGGCAUCCAGGGGUUGGGUGUUGCUGAACGGGCAUAUCAGCAUGCGCUGAACUAUGCCGUUGAGCGCAAGCAGGGCAGGGCGCCAGGUGACAAGGGCGAAGGCAUGAGCCCGAUCGCGCGCCAUCCUGAUAUCAAACGCAUGCUGCUGACAAUGAAAUCCAAGACCCAGGUUGCCCGCGCGAUUUGUUACGCCUGCGCGCAUGCCAUCGACAUGACCAAUAUCGCGGACGACGACGAGGGACGAACAUUCUGGAACGAACGUGCUGGUCUUCUGACACCGAUAGCCAAGGCUCUCUCAACAGACUUCGGCGUUGAAGUGGCGUCACUUGGCGUCCAAAUUCACGGCGGUAUGGGUUACAUCGAGGAAACCGGUGCCGCGCAGCACCUGCGCGAUGCCCGCAUUGCACCAAUCUAUGAGGGGACGAACGGCAUUCAGUCGAUCGACCUCGUUAUGCGUAAACUGCCACUAUCGGGUGGCACUCAGAUCAACGGUUUUAUCGCAGAACUCAAGGCGAUCGCAGAUGAGGUUGCGGCAUCAAAUCGCCCAGAAUUCGGUGCGACCGCAGACCGGCUGAACGCAAGCAUUCGAGAUCUUGAAGAGGCCACCGACUUCAUGCUUUCAGCUCAGGCCGAAGGCCGGAUUGCGGACGCACUUUCCGGUGCGACGCCGUAUCUGCGUGUCGCGGGCCUUUCACUGGGCGGCGCACUGCUGGCUAAGGGGGCGCUGCGAUCCGUGUCGGAGCCGGCCGCGCGUUUGGCGGAACGGACGCUCCUGGCUCGGAGUUUCUGUGAAACGGUGCUCGGCGAAACGGCAGGCCUGAAGUCGGAUAUCGUUUUGUCGGCCGAAGCCAUUCAGGCCUUUGACGCCGAAGCCCUUGCGUCCUGA